AUGUCUUGCGCAGCGUCCAUCGUCCAAACGCGCGUCCGCGUCGGCGCGCACAUCGCCAAGCCCGUCGCGCACCGCCGCGUCGCGUCCGCGUGCGCGCAGCCGCCGCGUGCUCGAAGCGUCGUCGCGAGAAACGCCGUAGGAUCCGCGGGCAUCUUGGCGUCCUCCCCCGUCCUCGCGGCGACGCCCGAGCUCGUGGAGCUGGCGAGGAGCGACGCGUGGUUCGGGUGGUACUUCGCGCCCGGUGGGUUCGUCCUCGGCCCAGCGCUGCUCCUGACCAUCUUCCUCGUCGGAGGCGCCGUCUUCGAGAAGGUCACCGGGAAAGCUGUGAGCGCCAAGCCACCGAAGAAGAAGUGA